AUGUUUGUUGCUAAACGUGCUACUUUAUUAAACUCAACCACUCGUUUUUUUUCUUCCACUUCUAGUGCCUUGGGUACUAAAGUUUUUAUGGUACCAUCUGUUAAUGGUAAAAAAUUGGAGAAAUUAGUUUUUGAACUAUAUGAUGAUGUUGUUCCAAAAACUACUGAAAAUUUUAGAGCUUUAUGUACCGGUGAAAAAGGUUUUGGUUACAAAAAUGUUCCAUUUCACAGAAUUAUUCCAGAUUUCAUGGUUCAAGGCGGGGACACCGAUUUAACCCAAGGCUUUGGUGGUAAGUCAAUUUAUGGAGCCAAAUUUGCUGAUGAAAACUUUAUUAAAAAACAUAACAAACCAGGUUUAUUGAGUAUGGCCAAUGCUGGUCCAAACACCAAUGGAUCCCAGUUUUUUAUUACUACUGUUCCAUGUCCAUGGUUAGAUGGUAAGCAUGUUGUAUUUGGUGAAUUAAUUGAUGGUAUGGGCACUUUAAAGACUAUUGAAUCCUUUGGUACUAUGAACGGUAGACCAAGAGCCACUGUUACUAUUGAAGAUUGCGGCGAAGUUAAAAAUUAG